CUUUAUAUAAACGAACAAAUAAAAACUGCCAUCAUCUCCGUGGCUCCAUCCUCAUCUCCAAAUAUCAUUGCACUAAUCCUAAAAGAUGAUGCAAUCGAACCCCAAAAAACGACAUCGCACCAUCAACCACCGCUACUUCUCCUCCGCCUCCGCCUCCGCCUCCAACACCACAGCCACUACACGCCUCUCCUCAACCGCUGCCAUAAUCGAUUCCUUGUCAGAUAAAACCGUCACCGAAACCUCCCAAAAACGCCGCCUAGAUACCUCAUUUAACGAUCCAACAACCGCCGAUGUCAUCCUCCAUCUUGUAUUGGAUCCCACAGCUCCAUUGGCCGAUGACUCUGUUUCAGUUUUUGACGACCCAUCCGACGACGUACAGAUCUAUCUCCAUUCUCACAUUCUCACGCGUGCCAAAUAUUUCUCCGCUUUAUUAUCCGAUCGCUGGAAAAACAACAACACUACCACCACCACAACCAACAAUAACUUUAUCUCUCUCAAGUUGAAUGUGCCUCCUACACAAAACUCAAUUGAAAAUCGUUUAACAGUACUCCAACUCCUCUACACGGACGAAUUCACCGCAGUAAUUACCUCUCCAUCGAUAGCGCUCGACAUUUUGCCGGUCGCACUAGAGUUAUUGUUCGAAGAAUGCGUAAAGAACUGCGUUAAAUUCCUCGAAGCAGUGCCGUGGUGUGAAGAAGAAGAAAACCGCGUGGUUAAUUUAAUUCCAACUCUUAACACAGAGGAAUCUGAAGUACUGCUCGCUAGGGUUAGGGUUUCACAAGAUAAUAAAAAUAAUAGUAAUAAUGAUAAUGCACUAUGCGAGGAAAUGCUGUACGGAUUAAUAUUAUAUGCAAUGCAUAACCAUCCCAACACGGCGUAUGUGAAAGCGUUUGUGGCGAAGGUGUUGAGAGAUGUGUCGAAUAGAGAAUCUGCAAGGAUUGUAUUGGAGAGGGCAUUUGAGGAGAGUUUGAAGGUGGUCAAGGAAUCAAUGGAAGAAUAUACGAGUCCUGAUUUUAGAGGAGUUGAUUACAAUGAGACAGAGGCUAUACAGAGAGUGAAUUUGCACACAGCGUUGACGAAUGGGAAGCAUCUCUUGUGGUUAGUAGAGAGAAUGAUUGAUUUGAAAGUGGCGGAUAAUGCGGUGAUAGAAUGGAGUGAGCAGAGUGGAUUUACAGGUGAUCUGCAACGUGCUUUUAGAGAUGAUGCUUCCAGGAAUAUCGUUCCUGGUCUUCCUAAUGUUGUCCUUCGCUGCACUGCUAAACUUGCUAAUGCUGUGGCUUCUGGUUCCAUUUUGGCUCCUAGACAGGUGAGGAUGAAGCUUGUAAAAGACUGGCUGCCUGUUCUGAUUGUGUGCAAAGAUAAUGUACCUCCAAUGUCAGUCAGUCAUAGAUCACUUUACCUAGAGCUGGAAGAGACAUUCCUAAAGAUCAUCUCCACUUUGCCCAUGUCAGAUGCACAAGAGUUGUUGCAGCAGUGCCUCAGCUUCUCAACUCGCAAUGUUGAAGAUUGCCCCCAUUUGGUCAAUGCAUUCAACACUUGGUUUCGCCGGGCAAUGCGACCCCCACAACGGAACCUUUUCUAACAAUGCUCUAUUACACUAUUUACCUUGUCUGCUGCUUCAUAUGGAGAUUCAGCACUUGUCAAAUAUUGUAUAUAUUUUAUCUGAUGUCUGUAUAUAAGCCCUACUUCUGAAGCAGGAGCAUAUCUCAAUGCUUCCUUUGCGUUUCUUUUCCUUUUGGGGGGCACUAGCUUUGUUUCUUCUUGAAAUGAACGGUGGCCUACUUCUUGUGGCUGUUUCCCAUGGCAUGUAAUGUACAUAGUUCAUUAUAAUUUUCCACUUGGAAGUAGUUUUCUUUA